UUCUCAAGCUCAUAUAAAAUAUUCCACCCACUUCACACACGUUAUCUCUAGGAUCAUUAGCAUAUCAAUAAAAACUGGAUUUUACAGAUCAAAGGUUCAUACUUUUGUUUACAGAUAUGAAGCAAGACCAAACUGUAGGCGCAGGCGUAGGCACAAGAGCACAUUUGCAUUUAGUCUUCAGUCGUGUUAUCUUUUUUUUACGCGAGAAACACCUUUGGAGAAACUUGAAAUUCUUAAAAAUGGAAGAAGACAACGCAUCUGGAAAAGCUGCACCGAUAGCCCACUCAUAUUAUCAAAAUAUUGACGAAUACGACGAACAUGAGCAGAAAACUGGAGCUUCAACGCCAUCAACAUUAUCUCAGAAAUCUCUCUCGACGGUAAGUCUUGAGGAAGAGACAGGACUAUUAAAAAAAUCACAAUCGGUCAAAGGUAGAUUCCAUUUCGAUGGACUCGGACACAUGAGUUACACACCUGCUCAACCUGCUGCUGAUAUUAUUACGGAGACACAGCUUCCAACAUAUCGCAAUUACGGCACGACUACGCAUCAUCCAAGAAAUGCUACUUUAAUCCAGAAUAAUACUUCCGGAGACUAUCAAGUUGACAGUAGUUCAUACCGUAGUAUGAAAUGUAUGGCCGGAAUGUUACUGUUUACAUUGUUCUUUAUUGAUGCUAAGCUAUUGAUAACCAAGAUCAAUCGCUUUACUUCAGAAAAAACUGAUUUUUCGCAUUCGGAAUCCCGACUUGAUAUUAUGAUUCUCAUUUUAAUCAUCAUUCUGCAGAUUGCGGUCGGAAUGAUUAUGGUUCUCACUUCUCCGUACGUUAGAAGCGGUAAAAACGAAAGAAAAAUACGUCGACAAGAAUCAAAUGAUGAAUUUGUCUCGAUGAGCGUUUUCUUUAUAGCUGCUUUGAACAUCGCUUUGGUAUCAAUGAGUUCCGUUUGAAAUAUUAAUUAAAAUGGAUUCAAGAUUGAUAUUUUUACCUAACAACAUAUUUUUACCUAAAAAUAUAUUUUUUCAAUUAAUU